UCUGGUCAGAGAGAGCAGCUAACGCGUGUUAACCGGUGAAAAUACUGGAUCAGUCUGUGGAUUUUCUCUUCACAUAUUGUGUAUGAAAGUGGGUAAGUAUGUGGAUACAAAUGUUCCGGAGACUGUUUGGUAAGCGCACCAAAAUCCAUCAUCUUCCUAAGGAGAAGGUGAAAGAGAAUGGAAGAAAUGAAAAGUUGGGGGAAUUUGCAGAUAAGGAACAGGAGCACCUGCAGGAAGAAAUGAAGACCUCUUAUAAGAGAUUGGAGGACAGCCACGAAAUCCUGCUGUCACUUCACGUGAUUUUCAAAAAGCAUGCCGAGUGCUCUGAGAAUCUUUUGAGGGAGAUCGAGAAAUUGAGUGAUGUUAUUGAGAAAACAAAAAUGCCUAAGAUGGAAGUCAGCCAGGCCUUCACACCAGUUCCAGGAUCUUUUUCUCCAUCAUCCUCUUCUUUUAGCUCUGCCGGGAUACGGCUUCCACCUAUAAAAGAGCUCCAGCAUUCCUCUGUGGACUCCAGUUUGCACACUGAUGAAGCAAAGCCAUCCCAAUUCCCCAAGUUAGCAUGGGAUGCAAAUGAAAGCAUCAGCAACAACACAGAAGAGAUUUUUCUGACUGGCACUGAGAUAAAUGAAAUGGAGCUGCAAACUGUCGAAGAAACAAACGAGAGCGUUCAAAACGAGCCACCUGAUGUGAAAAUACGCUGUUUGGAGAUGGAGUUUCAUGCCAAGAAAGAUAAAUGGUCCAAGUUUGAAAAGGAGGAGAAGCUGAAACUCAAACUUGAGACGUCUGAGGCGAAGCAGAGAAGACAGACGGAAACUAAAGAGCUAAAAUUGAAAAUAAAAUUUCUGGAAAAGAAGGCCAAACGUGAAAUGCAGGAGAGAAUAAAGAAGCUAAAGGAUCUGGAAAAGGAAAUAAAGAAUGAGAAAGCAAUGCUUCUCCUUAGGCAGAAAGAGCUGAAAAAGAAAGUGAAGAUGGAGAGCAAGGAGGAGUGUGAUGAGGAAAAGAUGGAAGAGCACAGGAAGGAUGACGAGAAAGUGGAUGAAGUGCAAAACAAAAAUGUCUUAAAAAUAUUUCAAAAUCUUAGAUUUAGGAGUUGUAAGGCAGUGUAACGUAAGUUUACCACAUACAAACGCAACACAAAUGAGCUGGUAGGUAUGGUCAGGUUUUCUGACUGAGGUGAGAUCUAAUGCAACAUUUACUGACACCUGCUUAACCUUUCACUAAUAGUUAUUGUUUGUGUUUUCAUAGGAAACGCCUUGAAGAUCGAUCGGCAUACAUUCAGCCAGACAGACAUGCACUACAUGCACUGAUAAUCCUCAAUAAAAGCAAUGCAUUAAAAAAUUCACACAA